UACAUUUUACAUUGUGACACUUUUACAGAUGUUUCAGUUUCAUCUCACUUUGCUUCAGCGUGGACGCAACUCAGGCCGUGUUUGUUUACCAGGCCUCGUCAUGAGCUUACGAACGUGACUGAUUACGUAACGUGUCAAAGGGGUAAUUUGCUCCACCAGCUGCUGCUGAGGAACCAGCUCCAGUCCCGGUGUCUCCCUCCCAGUUCGCUCCCAGUAGCUCCAGUUCCACAGAGGACCAGCACACCCAGCUGCCUCAGAUCCGCUCGGGUGCGACACAGCAUCGAACUCACGGUGACUCGAGUCUUGGCACAGGUGGGAGGGUAGAGCGAGGCCACAGACAGACCUCCAUCAUGGCUGCAGUCCACCACCACCAGUACCCGUUCAGGGACUCAAUGUACUGGGAUGAAACAGAGUGUCUAAACUACUAUGGGAUGCUGUCUCUACAUGAGGUUAUUGAAAUAGUCGGUUCUCAUCUGACAGAGACGGACAUAGAAGUGCUGUCAUUCCUCCUGGAUGAAGCCUAUUCUACACCGCACCCUCUCAAUCCAGCAGGCUGGACAGUUGAGCCCCGUGAGGACGAGCCAGACGACCCCAGAGUGUCCCCGAGUCCUGAGCUGCUGAAGGCCUGGGGGCGUGUGAAGCCUCAGGCCCCCCUUCACCCCUUGGAGGUCUCACAUAAACCCAAGAGUGGCCUCGAGCUGUUGCUAGAGCUAGAGCGGCGAGGAUACCUUAGCGAUGGCAACUUGGAGCCACUACUGCAACUACUAAGAGUCCUCACCCGUCAUGAUCUGCUGCCCUUAGUGUCCCACAAGAAAAGGAGGACAGUGUCUCCAGAGCGAACUAGACAGAGGUAUGGAACAGAGAGCAGAGAGUCUAUGUGCGUCUCUGGAAUGCGUCACAGCUGUAGACAGACAGAAAUACCUCUUCCUUAUUUCACACAGCAGUUGAGAACUGAUAAUUACCCUCCUAUGCCUGGGUUACCCAAUCGCAGGAGGAGGAAGAAAAGGGGACAUAGCUGGAGCCGUAAGCCAAGGAGAACAAGCAGACAGGGGCAACCGCUGCCUCCACCACCACCACCAUUUAAAGCGUCCUGUGAUGUCCGCCUGCGUGUCCGGGCCGAGUAUCUGGAGCACGAGUCUGCACUCCGUGGCAACGUCUCCUCGGACAAGCGGCAGCCGCUAGAGCGGCAGUUCGAGUUGUUCAGCCAAGCCAGUUCGCUGCUGCGUGCCAGAGACCUGGGUUCCAUCGUCUGCGACAUCAAGUUCACAGAGCUGGACAAUCUGGAGGCCUUCUGGGGGGACUACCUGAGUGGAGCUCUGCUGGAGGCCCUGAAGGGAGUCUUCAUCACAGACUCACUGAGGAUGGCAGCAGGCACAGAGGGUGUGCGCCUGCUGAUCAGUGUGGACCAGGAUGACUAUGAGGAAGGUCGCAAGCUGCUGAGACCGAAGAGAGAGCAGCCUCCAUGUACCAGGGGGCCCUCAGAGUCUCUGUGGUCUGUGUAGGAUGAUACUACUUCUUGAAGUGCAUCACAUUAGAUUUAAAGAAUUGAAUUGUACGUAAUGCUGUAUACAGUUUACUUACAGGCAAGCAUUUACAGAGCCUCCUUUUGUACGUGCGAUCCAUCUAGUAACCACUAGAUGGCAGCAUGUACCAUUAGUUUGUGUUCAUCUCAGGCCCUGCAUUUCCAAAAUGGUCAGUUUGGACUGAAAUCCUUUCUGUUAUUUGUGACAGGAGAGUGAAUCAUAAUGGAUCAAUGUGCUUUUCCUUUGGAUUCACGCACAGGUGCUACUUUGUAGGACCAGGAAGACUCAGGAUUUAUCAAAAGUUUUCCUCUUUGUCUCAGAAGUGGUAAGCCCCACCUCACAUAAUAAAUGUCAAGACUCCAGGGCUGCUACGAAAUAUAGAAAAUAUUAAAUUAUGCUAAUGGUCAAGGUUGAGACCACACGCAUACACAAGCCGUCUUAAUGGGCCACAAUAAUACAAACCAUUGUGUUUCCUUUUGUUAAUUUUGUCCUAAUGAAUGCUUGGCCAGUCGGGGGUCCAAUUUUCAAAAUGGCUGGAGAAAAUGUUGAAAAUGUAUACCUAAAAAAAUUAUAAUUUGGUACCUAACUAAAAAAAACAAAAUGUAACCCACACUAAUCCAAUCAAAACUAAUUCAAAAAAACGAAGUAGCCUCCCAGGAAAAGUUUCUGAUCUUCGAUAAAAUGUGUGAGAUUUUGAGUCCAAAUGGAAAAGUGGGCUGCUCUCAGUAUAAAUUGACCUUUGGUCUAACUUCAGUGAGCCUAGUCGCACAUAAACACCUUGAUAACAAACACGAGGAUUCUCAGCGCUGUGUACCACGAUAACCCAACUUGUGAUUGCCGUGGUCAGUGGAUACGGCAGUUGCCAGUAGAUGACAGCAGUGAUUAGGGCUAGGUCUCAGCAGACCAUGGAGGGAUUCAUCAGCACAAGCUUGUCAACAGCAACUCGGAUAAUGCAACGGUGGCUUGUGUCCAGGCUUCCAGCGAGGCCCCAGCAAGUGCUUCUCUCAGCAAGUAAAGCACAGGACAGUGCGUCGGUCAAUAGAAGUGAUGUUGGGGAGAUCAAAAUCAAAAGUGCACAUCCCAGCUCCACUCAGCCCUGCUAUGUUGGCCCAGUAGAGUGGCUCACGGACAGCUGUCUAUUCAGCCUGCUGGAACUAAUGCCUGGACUUCACUCAUAGAAGACGAUCAAUAAGGCCCCUCACUCUUAAGUCCCUUCAUACAGGCACGACUUAAGCAGACAGACUUGCUACUGUCUGAAGUGGAAAGUCCUCCUGGAACAGCCAGAGGGAGGGACAGUAGGACAAUGGAAAUAUUUCCAUGUUUACUUUUGUGUACAAAGGUCUUUUUGGUACAUCAGUUUGUAAUGUUUGUUUGUAUUAUUAAU